ACUUCAAUAAAAUUUUACCUUAGUUAAUUAAAUAAAGGAAACUAAACAAUAUAUUUCUAAAGCAUAUUCUAAUGAGCACUUACGUUUUUGUGUUACAAAGUGUAAAUUUAAUUAAAAAAAGAUACAAAAUCAAUCAUACAGUCAUAACGCAGUAGAUUGCCAAAUAUACCAAAAAAUAUAUACUACUACUACACUAAGGGAAGCAUCCUUAACGAUAUUCCUCAAAAAACACAAGCUAAGCCCAUUAUUGUAAAUCUCAAAACAAGUCAAAGACAGACAGAAACACGAUUUUAAUCAUAAGUAUUGCCAAGGAGCAUUUAAAAAAACAGCAACCAAACUGAAAGCGCGCAAGCAAGCCCUUCCAUGCAAUAUGGCCAAAAUGUAUGGAAAGGGUAAGACCGCCAUAGAAUCGGAGGAACAGCAGAAAUUACGAUGGCAAGUGGAAUUGGAGUUUGUUCAAUGUCUAGCGAAUCCUAACUAUUUGAACUUUCUGGCGCAGCGUGGUUACUUUAAGGACCAAGCCUUUAUAAACUACCUUAAAUAUCUACAAUAUUGGAAAGAGCCAGAAUAUGCUAAAUACUUGAUGUACCCCAUGUGCUUGUACUUUCUUGAUCUCCUGCAGUAUGAACACUUUCGCAGAGAAAUUGUCAAUUCACAAUGUUGCAAGUUUAUUGAUGACCAAGCUAUACUACAGUGGCAGCAUUAUACACGCAAACGCAUACGAAUGCUGAAUGCAGUCAAUGGAAAUGCUAGUAGCCAAAUUAAUUCAACGAGUGGCAACAAUAUUGAUGGCAUGGUUGAGCAACAACAACCGCAACCACAACAAGGUGGGCAGGCGUCUACGAAUGCCUUGGGUGGGAAUAUGCAAAAUGGCACUGUGACCUCCAGUAAUUCUCAACAAAGUCAAAUUGGCCAACAACAAACAGGGCAGCAACAAUUAAAUGGCAACUCCUCGAAUUCUUCCAUUGUUCCAAAUCAAAGCAACGCAGGCGCUCCCUUGAUGCAGAAAAUUUAAUGAUUGUUUUUUUUUUUAUUCAAAACCUUUUUUUUUUAAUAAUAAUAAUAAUAUAGAAUAAGUAUUUUUACGUGUAUGUAUCUUUAUUUUGAAUAUUGUAUAAUGUAAGUGAUAUGUACAAGUUCAACUAAUUUAUUAUAUAAAUAUAGAUUUUGUAAAUGAA